AUGGAGGAGUUUUUUGAUAACUUUUGUCAAGGGACAGAUGAGUACGGUCUGUUCUGGGACCACAUGCUGGGGUACCAGAAGGCGAGCCAGGAGAGGCCCGGGAAGGUGUUGUUUCUGAAUUACGAGGACCUGAAAGAAGACACUGCUGGAAACCUGAAGAGGAUCGCAGAGUUCAUGGGGGUUCCGUUUUCAGAGGAGGAAGAGAGGAAUGGAAUUGUCGAAGAGAUAGUGAAGAUGUGCAGUCUGGGUAGCUCGAAGGAGUUGGAGGCGAACAAGACAGGUAGGUCCUUUGCCGGCAUUGAGAACAAGAGCUAUUUCAGGAAAGGCGAGGUCGGGGACUGGGUUAACUAUUUCAGUCCUUCCAAGGCGGAGCGGCUCAAGAACAUCAUGGAAGAGAAAUUGAGUCCUUUUGGAUUGACGUUCUGGGUGAACUAG